CGGCGAGAACCAAUGCGCGGCAGCCACGGCGGGGGAUUGCUGAAACAUUUGCUCCUCUCCUGGGAGAGGAGCGGCAGAAUCGCGGCGACGCGAGCUGUGUCGGAGGUCUUCCGAGCGCAACAUGGGCGCGUUGAGCGGAAAGCGAUUUUUGCUUGGUACUGUAAGUUGCACCCUCUUCUUGGCUGUUAACAGCUUGUAUUCUUCCAGUGAUGAUGUUAUAGAACUUACACCAACAAAUUUCAACAGAGAGGUUAUUCAGAGUGAUAGUUUAUGGCUAGUAGAAUUCUAUGCACCAUGGUGUGGCCAUUGCCAAAGAUUGACACCAGAAUGGAAGAAAGCUGCAACUGCCUUAAAAGGUGUUGUGAAAGUUGGGGCAGUUGAUGCAGAUAAACAUCAAUCUCUUGGAGGUCAAUAUGGUGUUAAAGGGUUUCCCACUAUCAAGAUUUUUGGUGCUAACAAGCACAAAGCAGAAGACUACCAAGGAGGCAGGACCAGUGAUGCUAUUGUUGAUUCUGCUUUAAGCGCCGUCCGGUCACUGGUAAAAGAUCGUCUUAGUGGCAGAGGUGGAGGAUACAGUUCUGGAAAACAGAGCAGUGAUGAAAGUGGAAGCUCUGGCAAAAAGGAUGUGAUUGAACUGACCGAUGAUAACUUUGAUAAGAAUGUGUUAGACAGUGACAGUAUCUGGCUGGUAGAAUUUUAUGCUCCAUGGUGUGGACAUUGCAAAAAUUUGGAGCCAGAGUGGGCAUCAGCUGCAACUGAAGUGAAGGAGCAAACAAAGGGAAAAGUUAAACUAGCUGCUGUAGAUGCUACCGUACACCAGAUGGUAGCCGGUCGGUAUGGGAUCCGUGGAUUUCCAACAAUAAAAAUUUUUCAAAAGGGAGAAGAACCUGUUGACUAUGAUGGUGGAAGGACAAAAACAGAUAUCAUUGCUCGGGCUCUGGACUUGUUUUCAGAGAGUGCACCAGCGCCUGAACUCCUAGAGAUUAUUAAUGAAGAUGUCUUAAAGCAAACGUGUGAUGCUCACCAACUUUGUAUCAUUUCUGUUUUGCCCCAUAUACUUGACACAGGAGCUGCAGGUAGAAAUGCCUACCUGGAUGUCAUGUUGAAAAUGGCAGACAAAUACAAAAGGAAGAUGUGGGGGUGGCUGUGGACAGAAGCCGGAGCCCAGUCUAACCUUGAAAACUCUUUGGGUAUUGGUGGCUUUGGCUAUCCAGCCAUGGCAGCCAUUAAUGCCCGAAAGAUGAAAUUCGCCCUGCUGAAAGGCUCUUUCAGUGAUCAGGGGAUUAAUGAAUUCCUGAGGGAACUUUCUGUUGGACGAGGGUCCACAGCACCAGUUGGUGGAGGCGGUUUUGCCAAAAUUAACACAGUGGAGCCCUGGGAUGGCAAAGAUGGUGAGCUCCCAGCUGAAGAGGAUAUUGAUCUCAGCGAUAUAGAUCUUGAUGACUGGGAUACUCAAAAGGAUGAAUUGUGAGAGCCUGAAGAUAACUUUGUUUCUUGAGAGACAUUGGGCUGUGGUUGGAUUGGAUAGAAGAACGUUUUGCAUCACACGGAUCUAUCUACCAGUGGCCUUUUUUGCCGAGAGAGCAGCGGUUGGAGACAUGGUCAUCAGUGAACUGAGCAUCUCUUAAGAAAAAAAUAUCUCACAAAUUCUAUGAAUUUUUUUUAUUGAGUGAAAUUGUAUCCGGUGCAACAGAUAUUUUGAGAACAACAUUGAUCUUUCAUUGAAAUACUCUUGAUUUUUUGUUUUGGUUUGGUUUUUUUAUCUAGCUGGCAUGUGGUGGUCAAUUGUAACUUGAGACUUUGGUUGUACUUAGUUUUAAAAUGUGAUUCUUUUUUCUCCUCCCUCGCAGUAUAGCUUUCAUUUCAAUGAAAGAAUAAAACAAUAUUUUUGACUCUG